UUUGGAUUUCGACAUUUGCCUGCCUUUUCAAUUUCUCUUUCCAACUCUCUUUCUUCAGUCUAUUUCCUCCUCUCACCUACAUGUUCUCUCUUCUUUGUUUAUUAAUCCUGUUGGCAAAUUACAAACUACAAAAGUUUUGAGAUUCAGCCUAUUCUUUACAGGCAAAACUCUUCGUCAUUUGGGCUUUCCAGUACUAUUAACAAGCUUCUGUUCUUGCUCUCAAGUUUCAGGCUUGCUGCCCAUGUUUUCAACCAAUAGGAAUGGAAGAAAAUAGAGAUAAUCUGUCUGUCCAAGAAAGAACUUCUGACAGAAAUUUGUGUCGCCGUACUAGAUAUGCACAGAUGUCACCAGAGAGAAAGGAAUUAUUUUUAUCCCAGCUAAGAGAAAAAAGGGCUGAAUCGAAAAGACAAAAACUCCUUCAUCAAUCAAAUAGUACUGGCGCUCUUACAAUCAUCACUUCUUCGUUAUCUCCUCAACAAGUUGAAGCUUCCAAAGCUACAAACCUACCAGUUACUUCAACUAGAAGAGAACGUAUAGUUAAUUGCUUAUCUACCUUCGAAGUAGGAUCAACAUCGACUGCAUCUCAUACUGCAGGUAAAUUACGUUCAAGAUGUACUACAAAUAGAGGUAUGCUUCUUUCUACCAAAGUAAUAAAAAUACAUGCAUUGUCGUGCCUUUAUAUAACAAAUUAUUGCUUUUUACCAUGCACAGGUAGAAAUAAGUUACAAGUCAAUCUACAAAAUUAUAAUUUAUUGCCACAAGAUUACUUAUUUUUAAAGAAAGUUCCAAAUUGCAAAUUUUGUGCAGCAAAAAGGUUUCAAUAUGAAUCACCAGGUUUUUGUUGUGAUAAUGGAUCAAUUAGACUAAUUUCUCAUAACUUGCCUACUGAGUUGCGAAAUUUGUUCUUGGGUGACUCUAAAGAAUCUCAACAUUUUCGCACUUACAGUAGAGCCUACAAUAACAUGUUUGCAUUCACUUCACUUGGAGUACAUUAUGAUAGACAAUUAGCAAAGAGAAAUCAUGGCAUCUAUACAUUUAAAGUCCAAGGACAAAUGUAUCACUUCAUUGAUGAUUUGAUACCCUCAGCAGGAAAAGGAAAAAAUUUACAGUUAUAUUUCUAUGAUAACGAAAAUGAGCUAACAAAUCAAAUGACGUUCUCAGAUAAUCUUAAUGAGCUGAUUGUUACAAAUCUCAUGGAUACACUAAAAGUUAAUCCUUAUUCUACUUUUCUAAAAUCGUUAACAGUUGUUUCAAAUUUAUAUAUAUAUAAGCCAACAACCCGAGUACGAACACAACUCUAAAAUGUUGUUCCAAUAGCAUUAAACAUUGUACUACACCAUUUGAGCCAUAUUCCCUAGAAAAUAAACACCUGUACUACAUGUGUCUACCUCCUCUAAUUUUCAAUAAUUUUACUUUGGUUCUUUUUCUACUUUUUCUAUUUUUCAUUUUCCUCUUUCUCACUCUUGGCGGAGAAGGACAAGAAGAGACUUAGAAAUGGAGGUAUUACAUUUUUGGAGAGGAAGAGCUUGAUGGAAAAUCAGAGGAGAGUGAUUCGAGUCCGAGCUGAUGCAUCGAUUUGGUGAUGAAAUUUCAUAUUUGACUAGGGAAAUUCAAGAAUUCACUUUGCCUUAAUUUCAUCACCAUGGCUGCGGAGCUUUCUUUUGGAGUUCACCGACGUCUCUUGUGUUUACAACCUUCUUUUUUCUCAACUGUAUCUACUUUUUUUUGGAGGGGGAUUAUUCCAAUGGACAUUGGGUGCUCUUUUCAAUGGGUGCAGGGUGUUAGGUAUCAUGGUCUUAUUUAGGAAUUUUCUUGAAGAAACACAUUGCAAAGGUUGACCCAAAUGACGAGUUGUUUAAAAAUAAUUGCAAGGAAAGUACGAUGUUAAAUAAAGUGAGACUUGAUGUAUUGGUUUAUCAUCUAGGACUCUUUUGAUAUCUUGUUUAGUGCAGCUUUUGUUGACUGUCCUUGUUGAUUGUGUACGUGUUUUGUUCUUAACAAUAACUUGAUGCGGGUACAACGGCAUUUUACAGUGGUUGUUAAAGAGUAAAAAGGAUUUUUAUGCUGAUUUUGAGUGUUUUUGAACGCCUCAAUUUGUUAACUUACAGGUAAAGCAAUGUGUCGUCUUAUUUUCAGUUUUUUUUAUAAAAGAAGGGGUUAUACCUGAUGAUGCACUUGACUCUCUAAUUCUUACAGAGUCUAAUAAAGAAAUUUUGGUAUUGUAAUUUAUCUCUUGAUUCAUAUUAUUAGUAUGAUUAUUGCAGUUAGUAAAAUAGUAGUUUUCAUAUCGUCUUGCUUUUAUUAUUUUGUUUUAUAAGCCUUACAUUUCCCUCUUUAUCUGAAUAUUCUGCCAUGUUGAUCCCGACUCCUGUGUCUGAAAGAGGCCUUCGAGCCUUACAUGUUUAAUUUUUUCAAAAAAAAAAAGAAUCAUGAGUCUGAAAUAGUACUAGAUCUAUAUUACACACUAAUGCAACUAAUAACAUGUAAAGCUGAGGGAUGGGUUAGAGCAUGAUUUUGUGACAAUUUAAGGUAGUUAGUUGUACUAUUGAACUUGGUAAUUGGUUAGAAUAAUGCUUAGUUUGUAUUUGAUGUUAAACUUUGGCCCUUUGAAUGAAGAUGCAUUUGUCCCAAUCCCCCAAUUCAGAUUGGAACUAGUAACAUGAGAAUUUUAAGUCCUUUGCUCACUCUUUCAUGGUUGACACCUGUUAACAAGCAUGGAGCUUCUGCUCAUUCCCAUUUUGUUUUCUUAAAUUACUCUUAUUCUUAUUUAUCUAUCUCUCUCUCUCUCAUACAUAAAAAAAAAACAAUUUUCCCCUUUUGUGGGCCUCUAAAUUUCAUCAAUUUCUUCAUCUGCUGAACAUUUUUAGAGUUGCUAUAUUUUUCUAUCUUGGUGUGGUCCCUCAAUUUAUUGUUUCCCCAUUUAAGUUGGUUUAUCUUGAGAAAAAGUUUAAUAGGUGAAAUUAUCAAUUUUUCAGGAAGGAGGUUAUAUGCAUUGAUUGCAAUCAAAUUUGUUUGUUUUGUUGUUAGUCUUUAUAUUAAAUUGCUUAUUUUAAGGACGACAAAGUAUUCUUACAACUAAAAAGGGAAAAUGAAGGGUUGAACUGGGCUAUUUUGAGGAGAACUAAUAUGAUGAUAUCAUGGAUCUUUGGGAGCUUUCAGGUUCUCGAGCAUGUUUACUGCAAUUAUAAUUUGGCAAUGGUGCCAACUCGAUGUUUAUAAUCUUGAGCUAUAAGUUGUGAAAUUCAGAUAUUAUUUAGCAGUAUUAAUCACUAACUUAAGCUGUGAAAAACAAAGCCAGAGGAAUAAUCACUAAACUCCAAUUUUGGUAAUCAGCACUUGAUGGAGUUGCAUAUUGAUCAUCAUAGAUCCGACUUCCUAUAAACCUUGCAAAGUGCUCUACUAUCUUUUGAUUCUAUAUAUGAAUGUUCCUUUGAAUGUAUCAUUCAACUAUUUUUUGUAAUGUAGGAAUUCUUUAACCACUUGAUUUUACCGGUAUGCUACUAUCAAAACAAAUUAUGCGUGACAACAUGUGGAGGUAGCUUCUCCUCUUAUCAUUUUGAGAAAUCUAGAUAAGUAUGAAGUUUCACACUCCGUCAUUCCCUCCUUCAAGUAGACAAUGGAGAGAGGUAGAAGGCAUAAAAGUGUCAACAGAAAUGGUUACGGCAAGGCUGGGCUUAAUUCAUUAGAUAUGAUUUGGAUUUUUUGGUUGGCAUAAAAUCAGCAGUGAUAUCAUUACUUCUAUUUACUCAACUGGAUUCUUAUCAAGUAAAAUGAGUGAUGGUAUGUAUAAUUCAGAACAUAAAACAUGCUCUCUUGCAAGCACCAAAUCUACAUUCACUGAAGUCAUGCACACAAUUAAAUGAGCAAAUGGAUAAGCAAUUGACUGUGAAAGUUGGUUUGCUAUGUUAUGUUGUAUGGUUUUUAUACAACGUCGUUGGAUUGUGCAAGAAAGACUGAUGUACCAGCUUUCUAGAGAGAGAAGUCUGGGUUGAUCUAGCUAAGAAGCUCGAGGAAUUUGGAAGACCUAUGUAGUAAAAGUUGCUGGGAAGCACAACAAGACACUACUAUUUGGCUUGUACCACUUGUGCAUAAUUUAUUUAAAAAGAUUUGUAUGUCUUUCCCUAACAUUU